AUGAACUCCAUGCGCCCACUCGUUAUAUCCGGGCCCUCGGGGUCUGGCAAAUCCACCUUGAUCACCCGUCUCCGUAACGCGUACCCCAACCGAUUCGCACUCUCAGUCUCACACACCACUCGAGCACCACGGGCCGGCGAGCAGGAUGGACGCGAAUACAAUUUCACGGACAAGGAGCGCUUCCAGAAGCUCAAAGAUGCCAAUGGCUUCAUCGAGACUGCGCAGUUUGGCAGUAACUUCUACGGAACAAGCGUACAGGCUGUGAAGGAUGUAGCAGAGGCCGGCAAGGUUUGUAUUCUCGAUAUUGAAAUGGAGGGUGUCAAACAAGUUAAGAAGACCGACCUCAACGCCCGAUUCCUUUUCCUACAGCCACCAUCCGUCGAGAUCUUGGAGCAGCGGCUUCGUGGUCGAGCAACCGACAAGGAAGAUGCAAUCUUGCAGCGACYGGCACAAGCAAAGCACGAGAUUGAGUUUGCGAAGACCCCGGGUGUCCAUGAUAAGAUCAUUGUCAAUGAUGACCUGGAGAAGGCAUGGAAGGAGUUUGAGGAGUUCUGCACUCAGGAUUGA